AUGUCCGGAGCACAGUCCAGCACUGGUCAGGUGAACAACACACCGUCGAACACCCCUCCAUUAAACUUUGGCAACUUUGGUACGAAUCAGGGUCAAGGUGUCAACAACAACAACAACAACAAUCGAGCAGGAGUAGCUGCUGAUUUGAACUUUGGUAACCCCUUUUACAUAAACCCUAAUGAAAAUCUAGCCCAGUCUAUCGUUCCCAUUGUGCUGGAUGGCCCUAACUACCAGACUUGGUCUAAGGCAGUGACUAUUGUUCUUAAGACUAAGCAUAAGUUAGGGUUCAUAGAUGGGUCGAUUGUUGCUCCGAAUAGAGAUGAUGAUAUGUUUCAGAUCUGGGAUGCUUGCAACACGAUUGUCUUGUGUUGGAUUACUAACUCACUCGAAAAGGACAUAGCCAGAAGUGUCCUGAGUCAUGAUAAUGCAAGAGCAUUAUGGAAUGAGCUUAAGGAGCGAUAUGGUCAAGCUGAUGCCAUAAAGCUCACGAACUUGGAAGAUGAAAUUCAUGCCACAAAACAGGGUACCCAGACCAUUACUCAGUAUUACACUCACAUGAAGGGUCUUUGGGAAGAGUACAGUCAGUUUAACCCUAUUGUUUCUUGUGGAUGUUUGCCUGGAAACCCAUUACCCUGUGCUGCAGUUGAAGCUUUUAAGCAGAAGCAAAACACUGAUUAUCUCAUUAGGUUUCUGCGUGGUCUAAACCCAGAAUAUGAGUACAUUAGAUCACAGCAGUUAAUGCAGAAACCAUUACCCACAGUGGUCCAAGUUUUCCAUGAUUUACUGCAGCAUGAGCAGAAACUCAAAGCUGAUGGAAACAGAAAUGGAAACAAGGGAGGACAAUCAGUUGCACUAGCAGCUGGUUCCUCCAGUAACUCAUCAGUAGGCAAUUCUUCUAAGGGGUCAAACAGGAACUACAAUGAAAGGGCUGGUAAUGACAGAUACAAUGAAAGAGCUGGCAAUGACAGAAGUGGAGCUGAGACAGGAGAACUGUUUUGCAAUUACUGCAAAAAGACAAACCAUGUGAUUAAGGAGGAUUGCUGGAGACUGAAGAAGAAGAAUCAAAACAAAGAGGGAGGACAAUAUAACAGGUUUUCUGGAGCAGUUGGUCAUGAAUCAGAUUCGGAAGGGGAAAGGCAGUUGCAAGUUGAAGUUGGGAGUCAUUCUAAUUCUGCUGCUGGUGGGUUCACUGCUGAAGAGAUACACAGACUGAGAGGGUUGCUUCAAUCUUCCAGUUCACCAACAUCUCCUCAGAGCCCUGCAGUGAACCACAGGUCACACUCUGUGACCAAAUAUCUGCCACAAUUUCCUAAUUAUGGAGGACCUAGUGAACAGCAGGAUGAUUGGUUUGGCCAAAGAAAGUAG